CGAGAUGAAAUAGAUCCUUCGCGAUCCCAAAGCAAGAAAGAAGCAAGCAGACGGCAGCAGCAGCCAUGGGUACCCUGAGCCUCUGGGCGGUGCUAUGCGAAUCCAAGAGAAUCAUAAACGCCCACUCUCGCCACUUUUUGGCCCUCUCCGUCAUCUUCCUCCUCCCUCUCUCUUUCUCUCUCAUCGUCUCCCCCUCUCCUCCUUCCUCCCUCUCCUGUCCACCCACUUCUUCUCCCAUCUCCUCCUCCUCCUCCCCCUACUUCCCCUUCUCUUCAUCCCAUCCCCUUCUUCUUCCUCUCCUCUCAUCCAAACCAUACUCUACUUCUUCCUUCUCAUUCUCCUCACCAUCCUCCUCGUCAACCUCCGCAUCUCAUGGACCCUCGCCCCCGUCAUCGCCGUCGCCGAAUCCUCUUACGCCCUCCGCCCCCUCCGCCGUAGCGCCGCCCUUGUCAGAACCAUGAAACCCCUCGCCGCCUCCACCAUCCUCUUCUUCGGCCUCCUCGAGGGACUCUUGCUAUGGAGCAGCUCCGUGCUCGUCACCACCGGCGGCGUUGGCGCCUGGUGGAAGGACUGGGCCGUUGUGUUACAGAUCGUGCUGACGUCAACGACUCUGAUGGUGCUGAUGCUUUACCACACGGCCGCAGACACCGUGCUGUACAUGUACUGCAAGGCGGUGCACGGCGAGCUGGCGAUGGAGAUCGCGGAGGAGUUCGCCAGGGAGUAUGUUAGCCUCCCUUUCGAUGAAGAGAAAGUACCUCAUGUCGUCUCUGUUGUUCCUCGUGUUUCAGUUUAAAUCACGUUUUGGUUUCGAUGGCAACGAGGUUAGUUUGUAACAUAACAACGCUAUCAUCAUCACUAUCUCUAUGAUCAUGAUCUAGGGUUGUAUUAAUACUUACUAGCAAUGACUUGCUUAAAUGCUUAUUAUGAAAUGUUAUAGACUUUUGUGUAUACUGUAAAUUAUUGAAUGAUUUCAUAUUUAGUUGUUCGUGUUGGAAAUUGGAAGGAGAAAACAAAAAUCUGAAUCUUGUGGAUACCAAUCAAUAGUUUUGUGAAAUAAAUUGCUUGUCUUUGUUUC